AUGCAUACCGCACCUGUGCGCACCUUUGAUAACGUUGCGUCCUAUCGGACCUGGCGCGACGAGUCGCUGCGUCAGCGCCAGACGGUCGGCUUUGUGCCGACGAUGGGCGCGCUGCACGAAGGCCACCUCGGCCUCGUCGAUGCGUCGCUCGCUGAGAACGAAAUGACGGUCGUGUCGAUCUUUGUGAAUCCUGCGCAGUUUGCGCCGCACGAGGACCUGUCAAGCUACCCCCGCACGCUCGAGGGCGACCUCGAAAAGCUCCACGCCCGGCAGCAGAAAGCCAACGCGGACGGGCGCCUGGUCGUCCUGCUGCCGACCGUCAAGGACAUGUACCCCCACGGCUUCACACAGGAAGUCGCGAAGCAGAUCGGAGCUUUUGUCGAGGUCAAAGGGCUCUCGCACCAGAUGGAGGGUACGACGCGCCCCACCUUUUUCCGCGGCGUCGCGACGGUCGUCACGAAGCUCUUCAACAUUGUCAUGCCCGACCGCGCGUACUUUGGGCAGAAGGAUAUCCAGCAGGCCAUGGUGCUGCGUCGCCUCGUCGACGACCUCCUGUUCCGCUACCCCCUCGGGCGCCAGAAUGUCCGCGUGCUCCCCACCGAGCGCGACCCAGCGGACCAGGUCGCGCUGAGCAGCCGCAAUGCGUAUCUGGACACGGAGGGCCGCGGCGCGGCCCCCCUCCUGUACCAGGCUCUGUCGCACGGCCAGCGCACCUGGGAAGCGCUCCUCACGCAAGACGUCCCGGCCUCGGAGCGCAUCGAAGCGACGCUCGCCGCGGUGCGCCACACGGUCGACCAAGGCGCCGCGGCGCUCGCCGCGCAGACUCCUGCAGAGGCCAAGCGUGCCAAGGUCGCGCUCGACUACGUGUGCCUGAACGACCCUGCGACACUCGAGGAGCUGACGUCGGACGCGGGCACCGGCGCGAUCCUCAGUGGUGCGCUUUGGGUGCACAACGACGCAAAAGACGCCAAGCCCGCGACGCGUAUUAUUGACAAUCUGCUUUUGGGCUUCUCGCUAGACUAG